AUGCCUUCAUUUUGGACAAGCAUUGUGUACUCUCUCAAAGUAGCAAGCCCUCUUGUUCGUGUACUUAAGUUGGUUGAUGGUGAGAGAAGGCCUCCAAUGGGAUAUAUUUAUGAGGCUAUGGAAAGGGCUAAAGAAGCGAUAGCUAAAGCUUUUGGUGGAAAUGAGGAGAAGUAUAAGGACAUCUUUGAGAUCAUUGAUAGAAGGUGGAAUAUCCAACUCCAUCGCCCUUUGCAUGCAGCUGGGCAUUUCUUAAACCCAGAAUAUUUUUAUAGCAAUCCAAGUAUUAAGCAAGAUGAAGAGGUGAUGGGUGGUUUAUAUCAAUGCAUAGAAAGAUUGGUUCCAACCACUGAAGUGCAAGAUAAAAUUUCUUUGGAGUUGAGUAGAUAUAUGAAAGCUAAUGGUCUAUUUAGCUCAUCAAUUGCUAUUAGACAAAGAAAGUCAAGGGCACCAGCCGAUUGGUGGUCCGCAUAUGGUUCUACAACUCCUAAUUUGCAAAAAUUUGCUAUUAAAGUACUUAGCCUCACAUGUAGCGCAUCUGGGUGUGAACGAAAUUGGAGUGUAUUUGAACAUCUUCAUAGCAAGAAGAGGAACCGACUAACUCAAUGUCGAUUGAAUGAUUUGGUUUUCAUCAAGAUCGAUCCAAUCCUUUUAAAUGAUAUAGAUGAUAGCAAUGAGUGGUUGGUUGGAAUAAUGGAUGAAGAUGUAGAUGCCGAAAAUGAGUUGGUGUUUGAAGAUGACUCUUUGACAUGGGGUGCAGUUGCUAGAGCUACCGGGGCUGGAGAGUCCAGCCAUAAUUUAAGAUCAAGAUCAGCUCCAAGGGCAACAAAGAGGACAACACCUUCAUGCUCGUCUUCACUACGAAUCAUAGAUGAUGACGAGGCAAACUCUGAGGACACAGAAGAGGAAGAAGAUGCCGAGGGUUACAAAUCUUUUGAUGGGGACGAUGAUGAGACUAUGUUGUUUGGUGAAGAGGAUGUUAUUUAG